GCGAGGAGGAGGAGGAGGAGCCAUGUCCGCGGCGGACGCCGAGAACAGCAGCGGCGGCGGCAGCAGCGGCGGCCGCGCGAUGCAGGGCAACGGGCUGCGGGUCGGCGUGCUCACGGUGAGCGACACCUGUUCCCGGCAGGCGGCGGAGGAUGCCAGCGGGAGGAAUCUGCAGGACCUGGUCCAGUCUGUGCUGGCAGGGACUGUAUCGGCGUACAAAAUAGUCCCCGAUGAAUUUGAGCAAAUUAAGGGUGCUCUGGUGGAGUGGUGCGACCGCGAGGAACUUAACCUCAUCCUCACCACGGGUGGCACAGGUUUUUCCCCACGCGACGUCACGCCAGAGGCCACACGGGAUGUGAUUGAGCGCGAGGCUCCAGGCAUGGCUGUGGCGAUGCUAAUGGGUUCCCUCAGCAUAACGCCCUUGGCUAUGCUCUCAAGGCCGGUGUGUGGGAUCCGAGGAAAGACUUUGAUUAUCAAUCUCCCUGGCAGCAAGAAGGCAUCCCAGGAAUGCUUCCAGUUUGUGCUGCCAGCCCUGAGCCAUGCGGUGGACCUCCUUCGCGAUGCCAGCGUGCGGGUCAAGGCUGUGCACCAGGAGCUGGCAGGGCAGGUUCACAGCAUCACCAGCCAGUCGGGACUACCUGACAAGGCCGUGCAGUGUGAAGGUCACGGAGAAGGCCAGCAUUCAAGCCUACCACCUCGAGAACCACGGAUCCCUUCCUGCAGCAGAGUGCAUGCCCCUCAAGCGCGCAGUGCGGUGGACGUAACGAAGGUGGCGAGGCGAGCGCGUUCCUCCCCUUUCCCUCUCACCUCCAUGGACAAGGCCUUCGUCACUGUGCUGGACACGGCACCGAUCCUCAACCAUGAGCACCUGCAUUACAAAGACGGUCUUGGAAGAGUGUUGGCUCAGGAUGUGGUGGCAAAAGACAAUCUGCCUCCAUUUCCUGCUUCCAUCAAGGAUGGCUAUGCUGUCAGAGCUGCUGAUGGGCCAGGGGAUCGCAUUGUGAUUGGAGAGUCACAUGCUGGAAAGCAGCCUGUGCAGACGGUGAUGCCAGGCCAAGUGAUGCGAGUAACCACGGGAGCACCCAUCCCGUCUGGAGCUGAUGCCGUCAUCCCAGUGGAAGACACUGAGCUUCUCAAGGAAUCGGAAAACGGAGCAGAGGAGCUCGAGGUGCGGAUCCUGUCCCAGGCACGGCCAGGACAGGACAUACGGUGCAUUGGACAGGACAUCCGGCGUGGCGAGUGUGUGCUGUCACGCGGCUCGCACGUGGGGCCUGCAGAAGUGGGCCUGCUGGCCACUGUGGGGGCGACCAAAGUGGAGGUGCACCGGCUGCCUGUGGUGGCUGUGCUGUCCACUGGCAAUGAGCUUCUGAAUCCAGAGGAGCCCCUUCAUCCAGGCAUGAUCCGAGAUAGCAACCGUACCACAUUGCUGGCGGCCAUCCAAGAGCAGGGCUUCCCGACCAUCGACAUGGGCAUCGUGCGAGACCACCCGGACGAUUUGCUACAAGCGUUUCAAGAAGCUCUCGCGCAGGCGGAUGUCAUCGUCACAUCGGGAGGAGUUUCCAUGGGGGAGAAGGACUAUCUGAAGCAGGUUCUAACCGUCGAUCUACAGGCGCAGAUUCACUUUGGCCGUGUAUUCAUGAAGCCAGGACUUCCCACUACCUUCGCGACUGCGGCAGUCAACGGCAUCAAGAAAAUGAUUUUUGCACUUCCGGGAAACCCGGUCUCUGCCAUCGUCACUUGCCACCUGUUUGUUAUCCCUGCCUUGCGCAAGAUGCAGGGCACAGCCGAUCCCCGACCCACCAUUCUCAAGGCCAGGCUGUCGUUUGAUGUGAAGUUGGACUCCCGACCUGAGUACUACCGCUGCGUGCUCAUGUGGAACCACCAGGAGCCUCUUCCGUGGGCACAGAGUACAGGCAACCAGCUGAGCAGCCGCUUGAGCAGCAUGAGGAGCGCCAACGGCCUCCUGAUGCUGCCGCCCAAAACGGAGCAGUACCUGGAGCUGCGCAAGGGGGAGGUGGUUGACGUGAUGGUCAUCGGCCGCCUAUGACGCGGGAAGGGGGAUGCGCGAAUAAUCCACGCGCGCACGACGAACGCGGUUCAUGCGCGCAACACGGACGUGCCGGCAGGCACCGACUGCCGAGCGCAUUCACACACACACACACGGUCGAGCCGCUUUGUUGUCGAGUGGUAGUGUGGCAUUGUCAUUAUAAGUGGUACAACGCACGUCAUUGUAUGGGCAUCGCACAAGAAAAAUCCGAGUACACAUACAACCCACCUGCACACGCGUCAUGCAGAGCACAAGCUGCAUGGCAUCCCGAUUGAGCCAUCUAAGCCAGUGGUUAGUUGCUGGGGUUUCCUUACAACCAUUAGGUUAUAUAAUACAUACAUGUCCUGUAUUUGUUAAUGUGAAAGGUCAUUGGGGUUUCUAUCGUUGUUCUAAAGCGAUUUCACCGACAGUGAAACUGCCCUAUGGCUGGCAUAAGGAAUGAGGACGUACAGAACGCACCGGCGUCUGAGCGCAGUUUCGUUUGAGACGGAUUCCAUCGGCAGCCCAUUGCAGUUUUAACCAGCAGCCUCGCAUGGGUGAACUUGUGAUGUCUUACGAAAAGCCCAAAGAUCGUUAUUUGAGUUCAACCAUAUAUACUCUCUGUUAAGCUGAAAUGGGCAAGUGUAAUUUAAGAUAGCAUUAAAACACAGAUGAUUAAAAUUAGCGUUAGUUAACAUUUUGCAUGUUGGUUUUGUAACUACGGUAACAGUGACUGGGUUUUUUGUAGUCCACAGAGGGGAAGCCUGAGAAAUCCUACAAACGUGGAAGUAGUGUUGUCAUUUUUUUAUACUUACAAAUACAACAUUAUAUCACCGGUGUAUUUUAAAGUUCAAUAAGCAUCGAUUCAUUU